ACAGCGUUAAAGAAGGAAGCGAGUCGCGGAGAGCAGCAAUAGCGAUGGAGGGAGGAAAGAGCAAGAAGAAUUCAUCUCCUCUUUCGCUCGAUCAAUUCGUCUCCAUAACCACCCCUCUCCUUGAUUUGGAAAAGGAAGCUGAGAUAUCAUCAUCAAUCAGCACAGGCGCGUCCAGAAAUUUAGAGGCUGCUCAAAGGCGGGGCUCCACUAUUCUCAAUUUGAAGUGUGUAGAUGCUCAGACAGGACUAAUGGGGAAAACUCUUCUUGAGUUUCAAUCUACUAAAGGGGAUGUUCUUCCUGCUCACAAGUUUGGCACCCAUGAUGUGGUUGUUUUAAAACCGAACAAGGCUGAUAUAGGUUCUCCUGCACUUGGACAAGGUGUAGUUUACCGGUUAAAGGACUCAUCAAUCACUGUUGCUUUUGAUGACAUUCCAGAAGAUGGUUUGAAUAGCCCUCUUCGUCUAGAGAAAGUGGCAAAUGAGGUUACAUACCGCAGAAUGAAGGAUGCUUUGAUACAAUUGAGUAAAGGUGUACAGAAGGGACCUGCGGCUGACCUCAUUCCUGUUUUAUUUGGAGAGAGGCCACCGACAGUGACCAAGAAGGAUGUCAAAUUCACACCCUUCAACUCCAACCUUGAUCACUCUCAGAAAGAUGCCAUUUCAAAAGCCCUGUCAUCAAAGAAUGUAUUUUUGCUGCAUGGGCCUCCUGGAACUGGAAAAACCACUACGGUGGUGGAGAUCAUCUUACAAGAAGUGAAACGUGGAUCAAAGAUUCUUGCAUGUGCCGCUUCAAAUAUUGCUGUGGACAACAUUGUUGAGCGGCUUGUUCCUCACAGAGUAAAGUUGGUGAGAGUAGGGCAUCCUGCACGUUUACUACCUCAAGUAUUGGAAAGUGCCCUGGAUGCACAGGUUUUACGGGGGGAUAAUAGUGCUCUGGCCAGUGACAUUCGGAAGGAAAUGAAGGCCUUAAAUGGGAAACUGUUGAAAACCAAAGACAAAAACACAAGGAGAGACAUCCAGAAGGAGCUUAGGACUCUUUCUAAAGAAGAGCGUAAAAGACAGCAGCUGGCUGUUAAAGAUGUAAUUGCAAAAGCAGAUGUGGUAUUGACAACCUUGACUGGGGCAUUUUCCCGCAAGUUGGAUAACACUACAUUUGACUUAGUGAUUAUUGAUGAAGCUGCUCAGGCACUUGAGAUAGCAUGCUGGAUAGCUUUACUAAAGGGUUCAAGAUGUAUACUUGCCGGUGACCAUCUUCAGCUUCCUCCAACCAUCCAAAGUGUUGAAGCCGAGAGGAAAGGUUUAGGAAGAACCCUCUUUGAGCGUCUUGCAGACAUGUAUGGAGAUGAAGUCAUGUCUAUGCUCACCGUCCAGUACCGCAUGCAUGAGCUUAUUAUGAAUUGGUCAUCUAAAGAGCUUUACAGCAGUAAGAUUAAAGCCCAUCCAAGUGUUGCUGCACAUAUGCUUUUUGAUCUUGAGGGUGUGAAGAGGACCUCUUCAACAGGACCCACCCUUCUUCUCAUAGACAUAGCUGGGUGUGAUAUGGAAGAAAAGAAGGAUGAAGAAGAUAGCACAUUGAAUGAGGGUGAAACUGAGAUUGCUAUGGCACAUGCAAAGAGACUUGUUCAAAGUGGAGUCCAGGCUUCUGAUAUUGGAAUUAUUACCCCUUAUGCUGCACAGGUUGUGUUACUGAGGAUAUUGAGAGGCAAUGAAGACAAGUUAAAGGACGUGGAAAUCUCAACAGUUGAUGGCUUCCAGGGACGUGAGAAGGAAGCAAUUAUAAUUUCCAUGGUUCGCUCAAAUUCAAAGAAAGAGGUGGGGUUUCUGAGUGACAGAAGGAGAAUGAACGUGGCAGUGACGCGAGCUAGGAGGCAAUGUUGUCUUGUCUGUGACACUGAGACAGUGAGUAGUGAUGCAUUCUUAAAACGACUAAUCGAGUAUUUUGAGGAGCAUGGCGAGUAUCUAAGUGCCUCAGAGUAUCAAAAUGAAUAAGCAAAGAUAUGUAGCUGUUGGGGCAUAUCAAUCUGUUGGUUUGUGUUUGGCGGUAGAGAAGAGUUGAUCUGGAUGCAGUAUGUAAGACCUCUCACUAAUCAUAUUUGAAGUGAAAUAAAAUUCACUUUAUUGAUGAUAAUUCUAAAAUCCUCUAGAUGAAAAUGUUGUUUCAAUUUGUUGUUGUUGACCUUUAAAGUUGUCUGAAAAACAGGCUGAUUAGGCACACCUUGUUCGUCUCUAUCAUCAAUAGACUUUUUUCAGAUUUUA